CCAGUUUCUCUACUCUCCCGCAGCCGCCGCCUCCUCUUCGGAUCGUCCCUACCGGAGACCAGAGAGCGCGGUGCCCGAGCAAACCCUAGCCUUUCACCAUGGUGCUCCAGAACGACAUCGACCUCCUGAACCCGCCGGCGGAGCUUGAGAAGCUCAAGCACAAGAAGAAGCGCCUCGUCCAGUCCCCCAACUCAUUCUUCAUGGACGUGAAGUGCCAGGGGUGCUUCAGCAUCACUACGGUGUUCAGCCACUCCCAGACUGUCGUGGUUUGCCCAGGCUGUCAAACCGUGCUCUGCCAGCCAACAGGUGGGAAGGCCAGGCUAACUGAGGGAUGCUCCUUCCGCCGCAAGGGCGACUAAGGCUAUCGAAAAGCAAGCCACCGUUGAUCAAGGUUUUAGUGUUUCCAGGAUGUAGUCUGAAAUUUUUGCAAUGUCAGCAAAGUGAACCCAUCUUUGGUAAUUUGAUAUCUCGCUGGAGUAAUAUUAUGACACUGGUACUAUGCUCUGUUUGGGUUGUGAGAUCAGACUAGAAGUGCUGGACCAUAUGGUUGUCAUUGAUGAAUUUCUGUUAUGUGUGA